AUGGCCUUCCUUUGGCUUCUCUCCUGCUUCGCCUUCAUUGGGGCCUCCUACGGCUCCAGGGACCCUGCCAGCGAACCGGAGCUGAGCAUUGUACCCAGGAUCAUUAAUGGGAAGGACGCUGGUUCUAGCUCCUCCCCCUGGCAUGUGUCUCUGGAGAACUCCUCUGGAAAGCUCAUCUGCGGGGGCUCCCUGAUCAACCGGAACUGGGUGAUCACCGCCGCCCGCUGCAGAGUCAGGGUGUAUGACUGGGUUGUGGCUGGGCUGCAUGACCGACGCGCAUAUGGGAAUAAAAUCCAAUUCUUAAAGAUUGGCAAGAUUUUUAGGUACCCCGAGUUCAACAUCAGCACUUUCUAUGGUGACUUCGCCCUCUUGAAGCUCAUUACCCAGGUGAACUUCCAGCGCACAGUGUCUGCCAUUGCCCUGCCCAGUGUGGACGACAGGUUCUCUGCCGGUUCCCAGUGCAAAAUUGUGGGCUGGGGACAUACCCGCCGCCAUGGGUAUAGGUCCUGCACCCUGGUGCUGCUGUCGGAAGUGGUGGUGGUUGUGGUGGGGGAACAGGGAUGA